AUGAUUUCACAAUGUCGAAAUUUGAAUAAAACAAUUCAAAGAUUGUCAUUGCCAUCAAAUAUAUUUAGAUUACAGUAUUUUUCAACAACAACCUCUAGCACAAUUCCAAAAGUAACCAACAAGAAAUUAAAAGUAACAAUAAAAAAUAAAGAUAAAUUGGAUAUCCCAUUAAAUAAUUUUGUUAAUAAUAAAGAUAAUAACAAUGGACCAUCACUAAAAAUCAAUUAUGUUGGUGGUGAACUUGAAAAUAAUCCAACAACAUCAUCAUCAUCACCUGUACAAACAUCUUCAAAAUCAUCACCACAAUCUACAACAACAUUUAAAAAUAAUAAUAUUAAUAAUAAUAAUAAUAAUAAUAAUAAUAAUAAUAAUAAUAAUAAUAAUAAUAAUAAUAAUAAUAAUAAUUAUAAUAAUAAUAGUAAUGAAAAUAAUUCAUCAACAUUUGUAUCAUCACAUUAUAAAGUAAAUGAAGAAUCAAUGUUAUCAUAUUUAGAUAGAAAGAAAUUAGUAUAUAAAAUAAUUGGUAAACAAAUCAUUGUUAAAGAGUGUCCAUUAUGUCAUGAUACAAAAGGUAAAUUUGAUAAUUUUUGGAAAUUAUAUAUUUCAAGAGAAACAGCUGCUUUCUUCUGUCAUAGAUGUGGUUGUAAAGGUUCAUGGAUUGAUUUAAAGGUAAAUUUAGGUGAUUUAUCAUUAGAUCAUUCAAAUCAUAAACCAAUAAUAAAAUCACCAACAACAACAUCAACAAAUAAAACAUCAAAUAAUGAAACUGAAGAAUCAACAAUUAGUAUUGCAGAUUUAAAAAAGAUGUUAAAUUAUUCAAAUGAAUUAAAUAAUCAUCAAGAUGUAAUAAAGAAAUUAACAGGUAAAGAAAAAGGGGAGAGAGGAUUAUCAAAAGAGGUAUUAGAAUUUUAUAAAGUUGGUGUAACAAGUCAACAAUUCUUUUUUAAUGAUGAAUGGCAAGAACAUAAAUGUAUAACAUUCCCAUGGACUACAUUGGAUAAAAAAGGUAAUAUUCAAGUACAUCGUUGUAAAUUAAGAUCAACCAAAGAGAAAUCAUUACAAAGAAUUGAACCAAAAGGUGGUAAAUGGGGAUUCUUUGGUUGGCAUACAAUACCAUCCGAUGCAAAGGAGAUUAUCCUAACAGAGGGUGAAUAUGAUGCAAUGGCAGUUUAUCAAGAAACUGGUAUUCCCACAAUUUCAUUACCAAAUGGUGCAAAUAGUUUACCAAUUGCUCUAUUACCCCUAUUGGAAAGAUUUGAAAAGAUUUAUCUUUGGAUGGACGAUGACGUACCCGGUAUGGAAGGUGCUGCAAAAUUCUCAGAGAAAUUAGGAAUUCAACGUACUUUUAUAGUUUCAACCAAACAAAAUGAUCCAAAUGGUCCAAAAGAUGCAAACGAUGCAUUAUUGGCUGGCAAAGAUUUAAAAGCGAUUUUAUCAACAGCUGCCAAUAUACCACAUGAUCAAAUUUGUGAUUUCAGUGAUGUAAGAUCAAUAAUACAUAAUGAAUUAAAGGAUCCUCUAUCGGUUAUUGGUAAACAAAGUAAAUGGUUCCCUUCAUUUAAUAAAGUUUUAAAAGGUCAUAGAAAGGGAGAGUUAACCAUUUUCUCUGGUCCAACUGGUAUUGGUAAAACAAGUGUAUUAUCCCAAUUAUCUUUGGAUUUCUGUUCACAGGGUACUAGAACACUUUGGGGUAGUUUUGAAUUAAAAGUACCAAGAUUGGCCAGAAAAAUGUUAUCACAAUUUUCAAAUUGUAAUUUAGAUAAACAUGUUGAAAAUUAUCAAGAAAUAGCAGACAAUUUCUCAAAUAUGCCAAUGUAUUUCCUUAGAUUCUUUGGUUCAACUCAAGUUGAUAAAGUAAUAGACGCUAUGGAAUAUGCUGUUUACGUUCAAGAUGUUGAACAUAUAGUUUUAGAUAAUUUACAAUUCAUGUUGGGUUCUCAAGCUAAAGGUAUUGAAAGAUUUGAAAUUAUGGAUGAUUCAAUUGAAAAACUUCGUAAAUUCGCUUCUCAAAAAAAUGUACAUAUCACUUUAGUAAUUCAUCCAAGAAAACAAGAUAUCGAUCAAGUACUAAACAUUAAUGAUAUCUUUGGUACUGCUAAAGCUACUCAAGAAGCUGAUAAUGUUAUCAUUUUACAAAAUUCUAAAAAUAAUCAACGUUAUUUAGAUAUUAAAAAGAAUCGUUUCUCUGGUGAUCUUGGUAUAAUUCCUUUAUCUUUUGAAAAAGAAACAAAUAGAUUUAGUGAAUCAAAUGAAUUUGAUAAUAAUAAUUUAAAUAAUAAUAAUAAUAAUAAUAAUAAUAAUAAUAAUAUAAAUUUAUAA